UUGGAAGAGAGAGUGUGUGGAAUGGCUGCAGUUUGGCAGCAGGUGUUGGCAGUGGACGCAAGGUACAAUGCUUACCGCACGCCCACGUACCCACAGUUCCGCACACAAUACAUCCGCCGGCGCAGCCAGCUGCUCCGUGAGAACGCCAAAUGUGGCUUUGAGCCGGGGCUGCGCAGGCAGUAUCUGCGGCUGCGCAGUCAGCUGCUGGCCCUGCGUUACGGGCCGCUGUCUGAGCAGAGCAGCUUCAGAGCCAGCAGUGUGCGCAGUUCCCGCACCACACUGGACCGCAUGGAGGACUUUGAGGAGGACCCCAGAGCCCAGGGUGCACGUGGCCACCGGCGUUCUGUGAGCCGAGGCUCCUACCAGCUCCAAGCCCAAAUGAACAGAGCUGCAUAUGAUGAGAGGCCCCCUGGCAGCUUGGUUCCCACUUCGGUGGCAGAGGCCAGCCGUGCCAUGGCUGGGGACACCACACUCAGUGAAAACUACGCCUUCGCUGGAAUGCACCAUAUCUUUGACCAGCACGUGGACAAAGCCGUCCCUCGGCUGCAGUUUGCCAAUGAUGACAAGCACCUCCUGGCCUGUUGUUCAUUGGACGGGACCUUGUCUAUCAUGACGCUGUCCCCGCCUCCGCCCACAGUUAAGGUGACCCUGCGAGGACACGCUGGUCCUGUCACUGAUUUCGCCUGGUCUCUUAGCAACGAUAUCAUAGUGUCCACGUCGCAGGACGGCACCCUUCGCAUCUGGAACACGGAGGACGGACGCUGUAUCCGUGAAGUGGUUGACCCUGAGUCCAGCGAGCUUCUGUGCUGCACAUUUCAGCCAAUGAACAACAACUUGACUGUGGUUGGGAACAGUAAGCAUCUCUUGCAGGUGGUUAAUAUCUCCACUGGGAAGAAGGUAAAAGGUGGCUCGAGUAAACUGACUGGCAGGGUGCUGUCUCUCUCCUUUGACGCUCCGGGAAGGAUCCUGUGGGCUGGAGAUGACAGAGGAAGCAUAUUCUCUUUCCUGUUUGACAUGGCUACAGGAAAACUGACGAAAGCCAAGCGGUUAGUGGUCAGUGAGGGCAGCUCUAUCUCCAGCAUCUCCGCCCGUUCCUGGAUCAGUCGAGAAGCACGUGACCCCUCCCUCCUCGUUAACGCCUGCGUCAACAAACUGCUGCUCUACAGGGUUGUAGAUAAUGAGGGAACUCUGCAGCUAAAGAGGAGUUUUCCAAUCCAGCAUGGCUCUCAGCCCACCCACAGCAUCUUCUGUCCACUGAUGUCUUUCAGACAGGGAGCCUGUGUUGUGACUGGCAGUGAGGACGCAUGUGUCUAUUUCUUUGAUGUGGAACGCAACACUAAAGCAAUUGUCAACAAGCUUCAGGGUCAUAGCGGCCCGGUACUGGAUGUUAGCUUCAACUGCGAUGAGAGUCUGCUGGCGUCAGCUGACGCCACCGGCAUGGUCAUCAUCUGGAGACGAGAGCAGAAGUAACCAUAGCAACCCCCAUAGCCGACACUAUGCUUCCACGCCAACAGCAGCCACUGUACUGGUUAGUCCCAUUAUGUGCAAUUAAGAUAACCUUGUUUAACAGAGACUGACAGAGGGAUAGGCCAGAUGGUUCUGUUCUUACGUUUAUGGUUUCUGCUUGUAAAGAUAACUUGUGAGAUG